GAAGUAGUUUGCGAAAUGUGUCAAGUAAUAUUGCUCUGGCGCAGUGGUGGUCUGUUGCAAUUUCUUCUUCAGUAUCUAUAAUGUCUGCAUCAAUUAAUGUGUCAGCUGUUUUGGGCGAUAACCAAAUUUGGUCUAUUCUUGAUUUGGAUUCGUUUCGAGUUCAUGUGAAUUGUAAUGAAUUUGUCAUGUCCUUUGUAUCUGUUUCUAGUUUAAUAUUUUAUGUUGUAGAUCUGUCUAUAGUUGGAUCGUUUACACUGUUGAAAUCUUCCAGAAUUAUGAUUCUGUUAGUGUCAGUCAAGUUAAACCUUUUCAUUGUUGUCUUAAUCCAUUCCAUCAGCCUUGUGCGCAAUACUAAGUUAGCUGAAGAAACGAUCAUUUUAGAAGAUACAAACUGUAUUUCACUAAAUACUUCUUCUAAUUCUUCUCGCAAAAACUCUUCAGCACCUCCAAAAAAAUGCGUAACUCUCUCACCCCCUAAAAAUGAUCAACAGGCAAAUAAUUCAGCUGACAAACAAAGAACACCAGUUACAUUUCCAGAUAUGAUAAUUAAUGAUACACAAAAUCUAAAUCCAAAAAAUGACCUAGAAAGUUCUAUUCACAAUUUACCACCAAUCACAAUAAACAAUUAUACACAAUAUUUGACUAAACCCAGAAAUGCUUUAAUACUAUUAAACUAUUUAACAAACUCUGAAAGAAGUGUGAUUUCCUUUGAAAAAGAAACACUAAGGAUUUUUUUUUCGCAACAUAACAAAGACAAAGCUAUAUUUCGCAAACCACCAAACAACUUAGAAGAUGCUCCAGACCACAUAAAAGAAUGGCUGAUACUAUUAGAAAAAGAAAUUAAACAAUUCAAAGACAAAAAUAACAUUAAUAACAACGAAACUCUCUCUUCUCAACUUCAUAGUGAAUUACGAGAUCACUUGAGAAUGAAAAUUAUGUGGUGCUAUUUACAUAGUAUAGACUUCUCAAAAAAUUGGGGAGGAAGAGACAUGGCUCAACUUAUAAUAUACGCAAUCAACUUCAUCCUACCACCAUAUAAAAGACCUAACAAAAUAGAAUUUAAUUAUACCCAAUUCACCAGACAAUGUGUGAAACACUUCCAUAAAUUCAAAUUAGCCAAACAUCCUUUACCUGAAGACCCUACUAACUUGCAUAAUGAAACAAUAGCAGAACUUCCAAAACUAAACUUUCCACUCAGAGACAACACAUACUUAACAGAAGUAUUACAAAUAUUGCACAAACGGUAUGACUUUGGCUUAUUGCCAAUCGAAUACUAUUGUCCAAAAGAACCAUUACCACAAAAUUUCAUCAACCUAAGAGAUGAAAUCUUAUGUAAAACAAAACUGUCAAUACAAACUAAAGAACAAAUGAGAGAAAUAUACGAAUAUAAACAAGAGUUACGGAAAUUUUAUACCUUACCUACAAAACUUCCAGAUAACUACGUACAGAUAAAGAAAAAGCCAGAACUACUACAAGACUAUAACGACGUGAAAGAAGAUAUUAGAAAAUAUCUCCCAUGGAACAGAGCAACAGUCAUAGACAAUACCUCGUUCUAUGACAUCCAAGAUGCAUUGAGAAAAGAAUAUAGGUUCGAGGGAAAAUUACCAGACUCAUAUUUCUUUAUUUAUACUGAAUUACCAGAACAUCCUAAACACGUAGAUAUAUCAGACCUUCCAAAUAAUAUCACUCUGCCAAUUAUCAGAAAAGAAGAUAUACAACUCUUAACAGAAACUUUGAAGAAAAAAUACACAUUUACAACUAAUAAACUUUCUAAAGAAUGGAUUAAUUUAGAAGCAGACACCAGAAUUCCUCUUCCUACAGAUAUGAAUAUAGCUAAUAGAGUAGCCAAUACCAAUUUACCAAUUAACAGAACUCAAAUAUUACAAACAGUCAAACAAUUAAAACUGCAUUACAAGUUUGACAGACUUCCAAAUGAUUGGAUUUUAACCAAUUACACUCCACAAGAUGAACUCCCAUCAAUUGAUAAA